AUGCCUCUUGACGAUGGUCUUCCGAGUGAGUGAUCCGCCCUUCUUGCCCGCUCGCUCGUCGGCGGUUGUGUUGCCUCCUCUCUGACCAAGCACCUCCCUAGUCUUCCAUCUAACCCCCCAACCCAGGGAACCCCACAUCACGACUUUAACCUUCACAGUGAACGGCUCUCAACCAACGGCCUCGUACACGAAAACCCGAGCACCGGACGUCGAUGCAACAUACUCCACCACCCUCCACGACGCAUUCGUCCCCGACAUCCUGUACGCAACCGUCAUCGCAACCCCGGAGAUAGUCCAGCAGCAAUCGAGUUCACCGGGCUCACCCCCACCACCGGCAAAGGUCCUCCUGCCGAAGGAAUUCCCCCUGCAACUGUUUAACCCGGACUCGACGGUUAUCGUGACCUACAACUAUUCCACCUUCCGCGGCAAUUUCUGGGAAUUCUCGCUGCCAAAGACUUCGUUCUUGUCCCCCACCGCUUCGAGAUUAGACGCCGCUAGCGCAGCACACCUGAAUGCCCUCUCGCACUUGCCCCGUGCGACCUUCCGAUGGCGCAAAGAGGGCGGCGUGUUGUCGAAGAGCAUGCUAAGAUGCAGUCUGGUGUCCCCCGCCAACCUCGGCAACGGGCCGAAAAAGGCUGGCGCGAACGAGCCGGAUAUUCCCAUUGCCACGUUCGAGGGACUGGGGGAUAAGAAGGGCAUGGGGGACAUCACCAUCUACCAGAGCAAUCUCAAGAGGGUUGAGGUGGAGGACUUGAAGGGGUUGGAGGUGGUGCUGGUACUCAGUGCUAUGGCGAUCGGUGAUAUGUGGUUUUGCCCGACGAGCUUGAUGUUCAACCUCACCCCUGCUUCGACCUCAUCCCCCGCGACAGCGGCAACCGUAGCCAGCCCGAACGGCGAGAGGAGGAGGACGUCAAGCGCGCCGAGUAUUCCCCCACCAGCGAUCGCAACACCAACAACACAACAUCCUCCCCAUGUCACGUAUCCGCAAACUCGCAGGACUUCGUACCCACAGCAUACCCCCCCUCCUCAACAACGAGACUACCAAUCCCGCAGAGCGGAAGAAGCGGCCCGCCGUGCAGCGCAACUCAAGAAAGAGGAAGAAGCAACACUCCGCAUGCUCGCUGAGGAGGAAGCGCGUGAGCGGCAGCGGCGGGAAAUUCAGGUUGAGAGGGAAACGCAGAGACUUAGGAUGGUAUACGAGCGGGAGAAGGCUGCGGUUAUGCAGCAGCAGCAGCAGCAGCAGCGGCCGCCGGUUGUUGGGGGAGGAGGUGGGAGGCUGCCGGCUGUUGGAGGCGGUGGUGGACUGAAACCUAUUCAGGAGGGCAAGAAGGUUAGUUCUCGAAAGAGCUUUCUGGGACUGAGGUUUGGUGGUAGUGGUGGGGAUGCGGGGGCCAGAACGGGUGGGGUCGGGGGAGGCAAAGUAAGAGGAGGCAAGUUGAGUAAGAAGGGGUCUAGCAUGUUU